AUGAAUACAGCAAUAGCACCAACACACUUCAUGUCAUCACCUGAUUCUGUGCUGCUUGAAAUUUUCGCAUAUCUAUCUUGCGAAGAUGUUUUGUACACUUUUGCCGAUUUCCACGACAGCCACCUUAUUGAUUUACUUACAGAACAUGGAGUAUUUCGAUAUAUUUGGCUCUCAUCUGAAUUGCCACAUUGUGAAUAUGAAGUUCUUUCAAAUGGUAUCUGGCGUUAUAACUCAGUUCGUUCAUUUGUAUGCAAAGAAAUCUUCUGUGAAUUUAUUACUCACUUAACACCUUGUUCAAUAUUUCCUGAAUUGACCGAGUUACGAAUACUUUGUUAA